GACAUGGGCAGGAAGGUGGAGGCAGGAAGGGCGAGGAUAGCAUGCGGGAGUCGGCGCCAACAGCAGCAGAGGACGCUUGACAGCUCUGCCAGAGGAGGCAGGAGUCGGGGUAGAAGAGCAGCAGGCAAGGAGUCGAGGUAGAGGCGCAGCAAGGAAUUUGGGGAGCAGCAGUCUCUACACUGGACAUAAGGCAUGGUGGUCGAGUUGCCUGCGUUCGCUACGACGCAGGUCCGAGGGGUUGGCUCGUUCCCCAAGACCAUCAUGGAAGGGACCGUGAAGCCUACGACCAUGAACGGGACGACGAAGAAGCUCGAGAUGGGCUACACGGGGAUCUACAGCGGAUGCCGACCUGACACCUGCAGUCGCUACGAGGCUGCUCACCCGCCCAUGAGGAACACUCUGCUGGGAGAGAGCUGGGCCAACCUACCCGUCCACACCUUCCUGUGGAAGAACACCAGGACUGAGCUGAUCAACCAGAUCGAUCACCCGCACAGGGGAGGACGGAUGGAUCCGAGGCAGGACCUGACCAAGAAGAAGCAGUACUCCUGCUUCACCAUCACCACUUCCGGCAAGCGCAAGCUCCAGACCCAGUCUCACACUGGAUCCAGCUACCACGGCCUCAUGUUCUCAGUCCGUGCUGAGCACCGGCCGCUCAGGAUUACUAAGUUGCACAUGGCGUGUGGUGGUAACCCCCGCCGAGAGCUCUACCGUGUGUACGUCAAGAAGGGUAUGGUUCUUGACGGCUUCAUGGACGCGUCGAGCUGGCAGGAGGUCGCAGCGGGGGAGGCGGAGCUACCGUGCUCUAAGGCCCUGUACGGUCUCGUCCCGUUCCCAGAGGAGGGAGUUCGGGUCCAGCCGGGGGAGGUGAUGUCCUUAUAUGUCCACUGCCCUUACAAUCAGCAAGGGGUUUGCUUCAGAAAGUUCGCGCGAUCAUGGCCGGGCUACCCCCGAGCUGAUGCUGUGACGGACGGGAACAAGGACCUGAGUAUCUUGGUUGCCCGCGCAACGUAUAGUCAAACUCCAUUCGAACGGCUGUCCAAGGAUGGAUAUGCAUUUGCAGGCAUCAUCGAGUAUGAUUUCAUCGGGACCAAGAGCAUGUUCCAGACAGCAACAGCGGCGCUGGAUCAGACAAAGCAAAAUCCACUAGCGAACAAGUGAUCGCAAUGGGAAUAGGUUCAUGAUUGUGGUUGUGAAAUUUCAGUGAAAUGGGAAGAAAUUUGC